AUGGUGUUUUCGCCAUUAUUACCCAACGUCGCUGGCUUGCCAUAUGCUGACGAUUUUCCUUACCAUGCCUACCGACCACCUACAUCGGGCCCUAGUGCUGAGCAGAAGAUGCUGCUAAGAAUCUCAGACUCUACUUCGUCUAUCAAAGGUAGUGGUAUCGAAAGUGCUAGCAAUACGCGUGACAAUCGCAAGGAUGAGGCGUUUGGCGAAGCAGGCAGUAUCAAUUCAGCAAAGGAUGCCGUCCGCUUCCAUCAACUUGACAAUUAUUUAGAUGGACAUAGAUUGCUCGACGCAAGUAAGGGCUCGGCCGUCGAUAAAAUGAAGCACCUAUCCGGUGAGAACUUCGAAACAGACAAAUCACAUAACCGGAAGUACAUCAAAUCCGGUUUCUCUAAUACGUACCACAAAGAUGAAAAUGGUAGUAAAAGUUCAUACUAUGAGGAUUCGGAUGAUAGAGGCGGCAAGCAGGUGUACGAUAACCGACACAAUUUUAGAAACGAUCAUCUAGAUAAGCUCUAUAACCAAGAACACCGUAAAGAUUACCUGCGUGAUAAUUAUGAUAAUAAGCGGGCUGAAAGCGAUUUUCAAGGUACCCACAAUAUUCAUAGAGCUGCGGCUCUUAAUCGUGGCAACACGUACGGUUAUCGAGAUGGAUACAUGCAAGGCGAUCAUAAUGAUCAACGCCGUGGUACCACGAGGUCUUACGGUACCUACGAUUACUAUCCACACGCAACUUACCAACCCUAUCAACGACAAUCUUAUUACUAUGAGCCUCGACCUUCGUUUCCAUUGACUCCGCUCCAGUCGGUGCCGAUUACAAUCUACGAUGAUUUACGUGAAUUCAAACCGUACGUGGCGUCGAAUUAUUAUCGUACGCAACAAUACAUGAUACCCCGUGAGGAUACACGUUCCGGUGAUUAUCUGGAGGAUUUCGGCGAACGACGCCGACUCGUAUACAAGGAUAAUUCACCACCACCGCUACCACUGUCCUCUAUGCCAUAUGGCUACCGGAGAUACUAA